CCCUGGAUGGGACGAUCUGCCACACACACCAUCGGUCUACUCGGUGCCCGGUUCCGCGCGAUAUUUUGUGACUGCCUGUCUGUGCGGUGCUCGUGCUUUAGCCUGUGCUUCUCGGCUCCCUAGACCCAUCGAGGAAUAGGGAGGUCGACAUGACCCGGUUGGGAUUGCGAUUCAUCGCAUCCGCAGUUUGCCUGGCCGGGAUCGUCAGUGGGCAAUAUAAUCAUACGUCAGGGGUGAAUCCGCCAUCGGUCUUGCCGCUGGAAGGAGAUGAUCGAGGUGAUAUUGGAAGGCCAAACGAUGACGACUACGGCAGUCAGCCGGAAUGGAAAUCUGUAGACAAAGGUUUCAUCACGGACAACGAAGAAUACGAGGAAACGGAAAGGCGGAACGGCAGUUACUUUGGUGGCCAUUAUAGCCCCGACGAGAGGACACGACAGUGGAAUUACUACAGAAACAGGAACGAUUCUUCUCACGGCCAACGCUAUCCGAGUCGAACGUAUCCCUAUGGUCGUACAUCGUCGAGCGGUCACGGAAAGUAUCCUGACAGCGGUGGCGCGUCAGGAUCCGGAAAUGACGAAAAUUACGAUAUAUAUAGCGGUGCCGGUGAAGGCGAACGAGGAGGUUCUUACAAUCGAGGGAGUCUCGAGCCUUAUGGCGGCAGCGAUCCUUAUGGUGGAAGUCAACACGCGGAUUCUUACGGCCGGGGUUCUGCGGACUCUUACGGUCGAAGAACUGGUGAUGCUUAUAGUCGGGGAGGAGGAGGAGGUGGAGAAGGUUAUGGUGGCAGUCGCGGAAGUGACUAUGGCUACGGUUACGGUGCUGGCGGCGACGAUGAAACUUAUCCGAGCAAUUACCAUGUGGUGCCCAUGCCAGGGGCACCCCGCAACUGCACUGGAUCGGGAUGUUGCGUGCCGAAAUGUUUCGCCGAGAAAGGAUCACGGGGACCACCUGGAUUAAUCGGACCGCAAGGUCCCAAGGGACAACGAGGAUUCCCAGGAGCGGAAGGUCUUCUGGGGUCUAAAGGUGAGAAAGGGGAUCCUGGUCCGCAAGGUCUACACGGUGCGAAAGGUGACAGAGGAAAAAUGGGUAUGCCUGGUUUCCCUGGUAUAAAUGGUGUGCCUGGAGUACAAGGAGCUCCGGGAACUGCUGGUCUGCCCGGACGCGAUGGCUGCAACGGAACGGAUGGCGCUCCCGGACAUUCCGGUCUUCCCGGAGAGCCUGGACCUCGCGGUUUUCGAGGUUUCCCUGGUUCUAAGGGAGAAAAGGGUCAGCCUGCAUAUGCCGGCGCAUUCCCCGUUGGUCAGAAGGGUGAGCCUGGUAUGGACGGUGUGAGAGGUCCUCCUGGACCUCCUGGUUUUCAAGGAGAGCGAGGUCCUGCUGCUCCGAAGGGUGAACGGGGUCCUUAUGGUGCUCCUGGCAUACCAGGUGCGAAGGGAGAAAAAGGAAACAUGGGUCUUGGAUUCGAAGGAUUGAAGGGAGACAAAGGUCAAAAGGGAGAGCUAGGACCUCCAGGUACGACCGGGCCGAUUAUGCCAUUCGAGGGUGUUUCUGAGGUGACGGGUCUGCCCGGAGAACCAGGAAUGAGAGGAGAUAAAGGUGAAAUGGGGCCGGAAGGACAAAAGGGAGAGCCAGGAUUCAUAGGCGAUCAUGGUAUCCCUGGAGGAUCAGGCCAGAAAGGUGAAAAGGGUCUUCCGGGAGCUCCCGGCAUUCGCGGUAGAGACGGUUUUUCUGGACCACCUGGACCUCCCGGACGAAAGGGUGAUCGAGGUAUCGACGGAUUAGAGGGACUGCCUGGACGUCCCGGUAAAAAGGGAGAUCCCGGCCGAGAUGGAUCCAUGGGAGUUCCAGGAUUGCGAGGACCGCCUGGUCCACCGGGAGGUGGUAAAGGAAGACCGGGACCAUCAGGACCAAAAGGGCCACGUGGUUUCCCAGGAUCCACAGGACCGCGAGGUGCAGAUGGCUUUCCGGGAGAUCCAGGCCCGAGAGGUCCCAUUGGUUUGCAAGGAGGUCCUGGACUAUCCGGAAUUCCAGGUCCAGAAGGUUUACCGGGGGAGAAAGGUGCGAAGGGCGAGCCUGGCUUGACUGGGUUCCCCGGAGGUCCUGGACCACGUGGAUUUGAUGGACCCCCAGGAGCAGCAGGGCCGCGCGGACCGCAAGGAGACAAAGGAUUUUCGAUAAUGGGUCCAAAAGGAAUUGACGGUACACCAGGUUUUGACGGAGAAAAGGGCCAAAAAGGAGAGCGCGGUUACGUAGGUGUGCGUGGUCGGCCGGGAGAUUCUCUGGAUGGUAUUCCGGGAGCUCCGGGUGCGCCGGGUGAGCCGGGAGAACCGGGAGCGGCGGGAAGAGACGGUGUACCGGGUCUUUCGGGACCGCAAGGUGAAAAGGGAGACAUUGGUGGUCGCUGCAUAGAUUGUUUGCCGGGAUUACGAGGUCCUAAGGGAGAUCGCGGCGCGGAUGGUAUCCCGGGACUUACCGGACCUCGAGGACCACCUGGAGAACGCGGUUUCCUCGGAGAAGCUGGCGUGGAUGGAUUGCCGGGUGCAAUUGGACCUCCGGGACCACCAGGAAAAGAUGGUAUACCCGGUGCUCCAGGACCUCAAGGAGAAUCCGGAACUCCGGCAACAAUAACAUGGAAUAUGCUGAAACUGGAGAAAGGUGAUAAAGGUGGACGUGGCGAGCCUGGUAGACAAGGCCCGCCGGGACCAGAAGGGCCUCCAGGAGAAAAGGGCAGACCCGGAUUCGAAGGUUUUCCAGGUCUUAAGGGAACUCCGGGAGAUCGCGGUUUCCCCGGACAAGAUGGCGUUCCAGGAAGACCAGGCACGCCUGGACGUCCAGGAGAAAAAGGAUUAAGUAUAAAGGGAGAGUCCGGAGAAUCGGGUCGACCAGGAUUUCCGGGACAAAAAGGAGAACCUGGUUUAUAUGGUCUUAAGGGUGAACCUGGUCAAUGUCCGCCACUUCGUUGGAUGAAAGGCUUUAAAGGAGACCGAGGUCUGACUGGUGAGAAAGGAGAACCUGGACCACCUGGUGAAGACGGAUUAUCUGGUGACAAAGGAUUGCAAGGUUUCUCGGGUCCACCCGGUCCACCUGGUGCAUCAGGUUCACCUGGUCCUGUGGGUCCGAGAGGUUUACCUGGUCCGCGAGGUGACAAAGGCAACAUGGGUCCUAUGGGUUUCCCAGGGGAACUUGGUCGAGAAGGACCUAGGGGAUUCUCAGGCGCUCCGGCUCCAAAAGGCGAAAAAGGAGAACCUGGAAUAUCGAUGAAGGGUAGUCCUGGUCUAUCAGGUCCUCAGGGUGAAAAAGGAGAAAAGGGUCUUCCAGGACCACCAGGAAAAGAUGGUCCAGUCGGUUAUCCGGGAUUAACGGGCAUUCCUGGCGAGAGAGGAGAUUUAGGCGCACCGGGGAUAAAUGGUUUGCCCGGAUCACCCGGAGAAAAAGGUGACAAUGGUCCAGUUGGUCCACCUGGUCCUCCAGGUGUUGCCGGAAUUCCAGGAGCAGACGGAAUCAAAGGUGAACCAGGAUUACUAGGAGAGCCAGGUAGAUCUGGUCUUCCCGGAUUCCCAGGCUCAAAAGGGGACCGCGGUGAACCAGGUAUUGAUGGACCUAAAGGAUACCCCGGUAGACGAGGAUUACCUGGUACCCCAGGUAGACCUGGCAUAGACGGACCGCAAGGUAUAAAGGCAGAACGUGGUGAGAAGGGUUCGCCAGGUUUCCCCGGAUUACCUGGUAUGGAAGGAAAACCUGGUCGUCCUGGCAUAUCUGGGCUGAAAGGAGACCACGGACCACCUGGUACACCCGGUUUACCGGGAUUGAUGGGUGACGAAGGACCUAAGGGUGAUAUUGGUCCUCCGGGUCUGCCGGGAAGGAAAGGAGAAGCGGGACAGGUUUCGGAAAAAGGACAAAAGGGCGAGCCAGGAAUGCCGGGAAUACGCGGUCCUCAAGGUCCUCCAGGACGAGACGGCAUCGACGGAGCAAAGGGUGAACCUGGCAGGCCAGGCAUCGGCCGCGACGGAUUACCCGGAUUGAAGGGCGAACCUGGACUUCCAGGUCGGGAUGGAUUGCCAGGAUUCCAAGGACUGAAAGGUGAUACCGGUGUACGCGGUUUCCCUGGAAUGAAAGGCGAUCUGAGUCUACCGGGUGCACCUGGAGAACCUGGACCACCUGGAAUAGAUGGACUUCCUGGUGAAGAAGGCGAUGUUGGACUACCAGGACCGCCUGGUUUCCCUGGACUUGAUGGCGAGAUGGGUGCUCCUGGUCGUCCUGGACUGGACGGCGUUAAAGGAGAUCGCGGUUUACCAGGACUUAUCGGAUUGCCUGGUAUUUCCGGAGCACUUGGAGAAAAAGGAGAUCGCGGUCCACCGGGACCAACAAUCCAGAUUAAGGGCGAAAAGGGUGAGCCAGGUAUUCCUGGAAUUCCUGGAAAAGAAGGAGAGAAAGGUGAUCAGGGUCUGUUAGGAAUCGGUGGUUACGAUGGCGAAAAGGGUGAUAGAGGUUUAUCUGGACCUCCUGGAGUUUCUGGACCUCAUGGCGCUCCUGGACCUAAAGGCGACCAAGGACCUGUCGGUUUCCCUGGUGCUCCUGGAAUUACGAUAAAGGGCGAAAAAGGUCUACCAGGUUUGAUGGGUAAGCAUGGUAGAGACGGUUUACCCGGACGACCGGGAGAGAAAGGUGAACAAGGAUUGCCCGGUUUGCCUGGAACGAAGGGAAACAUUGGACCUUCCGGACCGAUUGGACCGCAAGGCGAGAAAGGUGAUCAAGGACCAUCAGGUUUGACUGGACCACCAGGACGUGAUGGAGCUCCUGGUCUUGAAGGCGUACCUGGAUUAUCUGGUGAGAGAGGACAGAAAGGUGAUCAAGGACCGCCCGGAGCAUUUGGCCUCCCAGGACAAAAGGGAGAAUCCGGACGACCAGGACCAAGUGGAUUGGAUGGACCUGUAGGAGAAAAGGGUGAUAGAGGUUGGGAGGGUGUAAAUGGUCUACCUGGAUUAUCUGGCGAGAAAGGUGACAGAGGAUUCCCUGGUGAAGUUGGACUGAUAGGUAGUGUUGGUUUCGUGGGUCCGAAAGGUGAAAAGGGUGAAGACUGUAUCGAGCCGCCGAUGGGACCUAAAGGAGAUCGCGGAUAUCCUGGAGCAACCGGACCGCCUGGUCCAUCAGGAGAGAAAGGACUUCCGGGCCCACCUGGCUUCCCCGGCUUGGACGGUAUCAAAGGCGCUCAAGGUUUCGACGGUCCACCCGGACCGUCCGGACUACCAGGAUUACCUGGACCGGUUGGUACGCCUGGUCUACCGGGUCUUCAAGGUCCCGUCGGUGCGCCAGGACCUGUCGGCGAGUCCGGUGCACCCUGCGAAGCGACACCUGACUAUCUCACCGGCAUUCUCCUGGUCAAGCACAGUCAAAGUCAGACCGUACCAGUCUGUGAACGAGGCCACAUCAAGCUAUGGGAAGGAUACAGUUUGCUCUACACCGACGGCGACGAGCGAGCACACUCUCAAGACUUGGGUUACGGCGGCUCAUGUGUAAGAAAGUUCUCGACGAUGCCCUUCCUGUUCUGCGACGUCAACAACGUCUGCCAUUAUGCUAGUCGCAAUGAUCGCUCUUACUGGCUGUCGACCAAUAGUCCAAUUCCCAUGAUGCCUGUCGAGGAGAGGGCGAUAGAAGAAUAUAUCUCCAGGUGCGUGGUGUGCGAAGUUCCAGCUAAUGUGAUAGCGGUGCACAGUCAAUCGAUAAGCAUUCCAGAAUGUCCGGCAGGAUGGACCGGUCUUUGGAUCGGCUACAGUUUCGUUAUGCACACCGGCGCGGGUUCCCAGGGCGGCGGCCAGUCCCUGUCGAGUCCUGGAUCCUGCCUGGAGGACUUCCGCGCCACACCGUUCAUCGAGUGCAACGGCGCCAAAGGACACUGCCAUUACUAUACUAAUCAGUACAGCUUCUGGAUGGUGACCAUAGAGGACGGCCAGCAGUUCAGGAGUCCUGAGAAGCAGACCCUAAAGGCGGGCAAUCUUAGGUCCCGAAUAAGUCGCUGCCAAGUUUGUAUAAAGGAUACGUAAGCACUGCGCGCCACCGUUUACACGCAGUCACAUUUACACGCACGUACACUGACACAUACAUACACACAUGCACACACAGUCACACUUCCCUUUUUCUCUUUCCUUUCUUGAUACGAGAACAGAAGCGAAGAAACGAAACUGUCGCCAGUGUAAACGAGCGACGACCGAGAUCCGUGCGAUUUCGUCGAGUUCCGGCGUUUCAGCGACGCGUUGAAAACGGUCUUCGUUCUUGAGAGACAAUGAGAACGCGCGCGCGGAUCAUCCGCGAGGGCUCGGCCUGUCGAGAUCGUGCCGGGUUUCGGGCCACCCGUACCACAGGGAAGAAAAGAGCGGUAACGACUUCGCGAACGACGGAACUUCGGAGGGCUCGCCUCGACGCGACGUCGACGACGCCGCUGACGGAGAGAGCGACGCAUCCUUGUCUCCUGUGAUUCCCUCUGCCAAGUGUGUUCCUCAGCCACAUUUUGUCUUCAUUAUCUCUCCUACCUCCCUCCCAUCGUCCACCUUUUACCGUAUCACUUCCGCGCACUCUGUCCAGAGUAACUUCUCGCCCCCCGAGAGUCACCCUCUCCGCUCUCUCGUUACCCGCUCUGCCAUCUUCCUCCACUUCCCGCGAGCGCUUCCUCCUUUUCGCCAUAUGUGUUUUCUCUUCCUUUUUAUAUAGAUAUAUAUAUAUAAAUAUGUAUAACUAUUCAAGCAAGUGCCUCUAGCGUACUACUCUAGCAUGUAAAAUAAUAUAUUUAUAUCUCGUAUGUUGAAUCUCGUACGUUUUUUUUUUCGAGAGAGAGAGGAGUCUAAGUUCUAUUCGUACUACCACGGACACUGCCCAUAUCCAAUAUGGCACACAUUUUACAUAUUGUAUAUUAAUAUAAACGAUCUUAGCCUGGUAAUCGUGUGACGCCAAAUAUUUAAAUAAAUAGGUAUUUUGCUACGUA